ACAGUCCUCUCCAGCCUUUAGACUGUCAGCAAGCUGCUGUUGAUUUUAAACACUCUUUACAUUUUGACUUCUUUUUGGAUUAGUUUUCAUAAAACCAGCAGUUGGUGUUAAUCGUUAGGAGCUAAAGACUUCAACAGCCAUGUUGUUGGCAGAAGCUUGGUGUGUGUUUCUGGGUUUCAUCCUGUACAUCUCAGGGGUUCAAGGACGAACAAACAGCAUCUGUGCCUUAAAAGGUUCAUCAGUGGAUCUGCCCUGCUCAGCUGAACAUCCCACUUCAAACAUAAAAUGGUACACUGUUCACUGGAAUGGAUAUAACUUUGUUCUGAAUGAAGUCUCUGCAGAUGGAAAUCGUGUAACGUACAACAUGUCAGAAGAGAAUCACACAACUCUAACAAUCAAAGAUGUGACAGAGAGUGAUGCAAAUGUUUACUGCUGCAGAGAAAAUACUGACAAACCAGAACUCUGCGGGCCAAACAGAACUCAGCUCCAUGUUACAGACCUGCAGGUGAAGGUGAUUCCCACCACAGAGGGACAGACAGUAUCACUGAUGUGUAGCACCAGCUGUCCUCUGACUGAAAACCCUGCAGCCUACAUCUGGUACAAGAACGGAGAGUUUCUCUAUAAGGACUGGUCUCCCUGGUACCAACAGCUGGUCAGCAGUGAGGAAGCAGUCACAUACUCCUGUGCUAUCAAAGGCUACGAGGAUCUCAGAGCCCCUGAAGUCUCAGUGGAUUCUGUCACAUCGACCUGCUUUAGUGUGACCUAUGCUAAAGGGAGAAUGUGUUCUGAUAAGCAGACAUCAGUGGAUGAGCCCUGCUCCAUCACAUAUCCCAGAGAAUUACGAGUUCAAAAGACUCAUGGAGAGACAUAUGUCAAACUGACCUGUGGCACCAGCUGUCCUCUGAUAGACGCCCAAACUGCAUAUAAGUGGUACCAAGGUGGAAAGUUAUACCCAUACAACAGUAGACAACAGCUUUUUGUUUACACCUUCUCUGAUGAAGGACAGUCCUGUGCUGUAAACAACCACGAGGAUCUGCACUCUGCCCAAGUCUGCCCUGAUGAUGAGAACUGCUGGAGUGUGAAUUAUGUCAGCAGGAGAAUCUGUGCUCUGCAAGGCUCUUCAGUGAACAUCUCAAGUGAAUAUUUACAUCCUGAAAACCAGCAGCCAAAAUCUAAAGGUUGGUAUAAAAUAAAGAGAAGUGUUGAGGAGGAUGCUGAAGAGCUGAUUAAGGCUGCAGGUCGAGUGGAGUAUCAUGACAACAUGAAGAACCACCACAUCCUGACAAUCAAUGACCUGAAGAAGAAUGACUCAGCAGAAUACACAUUCAGACUACAAGAAGAAAAUGGAGAAUGGAAACAGUCUGACUUUUCCGGAGUAACUUUGGUUGUCACAGGCCUGACAGUGAAGUUUGCUCCUUCUGCAGUGGUGACAGAGGGUCAGAGAGUCACACUGACCUGCAGUACCAGCUGUCCUCUGUCUGACAACACAAACUACAUCUGGUACUUGAACAGUCGACCUCUGACCCUGCCAGAGAACCAACACAAACAGCUGGUUCUAGAUCCAGUCAGCAGUCAGCAUGCAGGAAACUACUCCUGUGCUGUCAAAACCCACAACAUGCUCAGCUCCUUUGAAAAGACUCUCACUGUCCACAGUAACACAGGAAAAUGGACAGCAGCAGCAGCUGCAGGAGGCGUAGCUGUUCUCCUGGUUAUCACAGCUCUCAUUGUCUUCUUCUGGGUUAGAAAAAAGAGGUCUUCUAGUCGAUCUCCAACAACUGAAACAUCACUCCACGUGGAACAGCUAAACCCUGAUGUCAUGUAUGAAAACAUUUCAGCUCAGUCAACAGAGCAGGAUGACCAUCACUACAGCAGACUCCACUUCUCUAAGAACCACAAAGAAGAUCUCUACUCCACCCUGCAGACAGCGCAGUGAAAGGAAACAAACGUUUGUCAUGCAGAAGCACAUGCCUCAGCAGCAUAGCACUCUGAAUUUGUCUCACUGACUGCACGGCCUCCUGCAGAGAUGAUGUGCUGCGAUGAUGACGCCCUCUGGAGGACACAACCCCAACUGCAGAGAGGUGAAUGAGGAGUCAGGCGCUCUGACUGAAUGUUUUGUAUGAGCUCAUACACAUGUCAUGUUUUCUGUCUGUCUGUUCUAGCUGCCAGGAAGUGUGGAUGUUUUUUAUCACUUAUAUGAAAGCAUUAACUAAUUUGUAAAGUGGUUGGCAAAAAGUCAGCUUAGAUAAAAUACAGUUCAUGUUUAAAGAAUACAGGAUCUGCAGUGUGUUAAACAUCAUUUACUUCAAGUUUGCUUCCUCAUUUAAGUUUGCAUCACUCGUAAACUAACUGCAGACAACUCCUUCACACGUUUUUGCUCCCACAUGAGGCCAUUUCACACCUUUUUUCUUAAAUAUAUGCUACAGAUAAAUGAUGUUUCAGAGCCGCAUGUUGUGUUAUCUUCUAAAAAUAAAGAACAGUUCAUUCUGACACCUCCAGCGACUGAAUGAGGAAGGAAGUGAAGUUUUGAUAUCAGAGCUUCAAAUCUGCCAAGUCUGCUUUCCUCGGGGAGGUGAGCAGUCGAGUCCGUUAGGAGGACUGACCGGUUCACGGAGACUUUUAGCUCCAAAUUCACAGAUUUUUAUCUAGAGGAGUUUAUUUAUACUAAACUUUACCACUGUAAAACAAUUAGAAAGUAAUGUUGUAUUCCUCUUUCUCUCCCCGUGUGUGUGCAU